CCCUAGACAGGCAAGAAGAAGAGGAAAGCGAGAGGCUUGCUUUAAAAGGUCAUACCUUUUUUCUCGUAUAUUCUUCCCGGCGCCUCCCUCUCUCAGUCGCAGCAGCAGAAGCAAGGUUUUGUGUAAGUGACGAAGACAUGUCCGACGAGGAGCAUCAGUUCGAGUCGAAGGCCGAUGCCGGGGCCUCCAAGACUUACCCCCAGCAGGCAGGCGCCAUCCGCAAGAAUGGCUACAUCGUCAUCAAAGGCCGCCCUUGCAAGGUGGUUGAAGUUUCCACAUCGAAGACUGGCAAGCAUGGCCAUGCCAAGUGCCACUUUGUUGCAAUUGACAUCUUCAAUGGCAAAAAGCUUGAAGAUAUUGUGCCCUCUUCCCACAAUUGUGAUGUUCCCCAUGUUAAUCGCACUGAUUACCAGCUGAUUGAUAUUUCCGAGGAUGGAUUUGUAAGUUUACUCACUGAAAAUGGCAACACCAAGGAUGAUCUGAGGCUGCCAACUGAUGAUGCUCUUCUGACUCAGAUUAAGGAUGGCUUUGGUGAUGGAAAGGACCUGGUUGUGACUGUUAUGUCUGCAAUGGGGGAGGAGCAGAUCUGUGCCCUCAAGGACAUUGGUCCAAAAUAGUGUUGAGUCCCUAUAAUAUCAGUGGAAAGGAAUUUGCAACGGUUUUUAAUAGUUGGUCUGUCAUAAGACUUUCAGAUUGAUUUAAGUUCAUUCUGGAUCCGAAGGCUAUAUCACAGUGGUCUUGUGUGAUGGUUCUUUGCGUUGGGAACCAAAUCUUUUAUAGGUCUAUUUAUGCAUCUCUUCAUUUCGCUUUAGCCAAAUUUGGCCUUGAUAUAAGUGAGAGAUCCCAUGUGGAUUUACCUGUGGAAAUAUUCUCUUGUUAUGUGGUGAUCAAGACAAAUUAAGACUGAAGCAAAAAUUGUGGGGAGGGGAGGUGCUAUU